AUGCAGGACUCAUAUCUCGAGGAGAUCUUGGAGUUCACCAAUCCUGACAUUAGGGAAGAGUACGUUAACCCCCACGGGACUGUCAGGAUCGGGAAAGUGCUGGAGGACCUGGAUGCCUUGGCGGGAUCGAUAGCAUAUAUGCACUGUGACGAUAACAGCGCAGAGACGAUCCCACUGACUAUCGUCACAGCAAGUCUUGAUCGAAUCGAUCUACUCCAAAGUAUACCGAUGGAUCAAGACCUGCGUCUCAGUGGGCAUGUCACCUGGGUUGGAAGUUCGUCCAUGGAAGUCAGCUGCUGGCUGGAAACCAUGUCGACUCCACCACCAGAUCCUCGGGAGACCUCCUACGGGGUUGGCGUCCUUGCUGCCCAGAAGCGUGUCCCUGGAAAAAAGAUCCUAACGGCAAAGUUCUCGAUGGUUGCGCGUGAUCCCAUCACUGGCAAGGCUGCAAAGGUCAACCAGCUGAUUCUGGAGACGGAUGAGGAUAGGCGGCUGUUCCGAUCUGGGGCGGAACACAAGGCAAGGAAGUUGAUGGACAGUCAGUUUGAUUUAUCCGCUGUUCCUCCAAGUUUCGAGGAGCUGAACCUUGUUCACGAGCUUUACAAGGAAUACAUCCAAUACCUCGACCCAACGUACAAGCGGGAGAUGCCAAGCAACGUUCAGUGGAUGAAGGACACCGUCCAGCAGAACCUUGUCAUGUGCAUGCCCCAAGACCGGAACAUCCAUGGGAAUGUCUUUGGUGGAUAUCUUCUCCGACUGGCCUUCGAACUGGCGUCGUCAACUGGAAUGAUCUUCGCCAAGUCCCGCGCGAAUUUCGUAGCCCUCGAUGACAUCAAGUUCAAGAAACCGGUGAAAGUGGGGGCAUUGUUGAGUCUCACUUCGCAAGUUGUGUAUUCGUCGGGGAGGACCUUCCAAGUGAAAGUGAGAGCCGACGUCAUUGACCCUAUCAAGGAUGAGCAAUCGACCACGAACACAUUUCAUUUGACGUUCGAGGCGGAUCACGACGUGUCGAGGGUUAUGCCCAGGAGUUACGAUGAAAGUAUGCGUUAUAUCGAAGGCCGACGCAAGAAAGAACGAUGGAUGAGGGUGUCGGAGACCAACUCGACAAAUUGA